AUGGAGAAUCUUCUGAAAACUCUGCUGGAAAUGGGUGAUGAUGUGGGACUCAUGGACAUGGAUAUGAUUUCUUCCAUCGGCUGGAACGAUGAAGAAGACAAGUUUGAGUCUAAGCAGGAUCCAUCACAUCGCAGUUUCUUACAAGGAUCGUCUUUUGAAUUAUACUCUCCUCCUAUGACACCCCUCUCAGAGACGAAAAACAACGUGCCCGUGGGAACUCGUGACGUUGAAUCCUUGCGGCAGAUCUGGGCCAUUGAAGAGAAGGGAACGUCAUCCCGGAGGCUCCAACAACUGCCCAGAGCCAAGAUGUCAGGUAAACGCCGGAUGAAAGCAAGCGAGAGAGAAAAGCUGAGAAUGAGGAGGCUGGCGCAUGCUCUCCACAUGCUGCGGACUUUUCUACCACCCGUUUACAGCCAGCGUGGUCAGACUCUCACCAAAAUCCAGACGUUGCACUGCGCCAUCCAGUACAUUUCUGAGCUUUCCACAUUACUGGCACAAGGAAGACAUCAGAAUUCAGGACAUAGCAUGUGA